AGUUUUAUUUUUAUUGGAUGCUUGAUAUUUAUUUUAAAAUUUAAUUAUUUUAAGUUCGCACCUUAUAGAAUUAAAGCCAUUUUUGGCAAAAAAAAUUUAUAUUCAAAAUUUUUAAUUAAAAAAAAAACAAAAACAAUCCCAUCCACUGGGGCUCUAUUUAACUACAUAGCAGGCCCUUUUGCAAGAUCAUUAAAAAGGGGCAACUCAAGUAGGAAAAAAGAGAAAGAAUGAAUAUGGAGGUUAUUGGGGAUGGAAGGAAAAUAUGCAGAGAGAAUAGCCCAGAUAGAGAAAGAGGUAAAUCACAAAGCAACAGAGUAGUAUUGAUGAGAGCAAGUUUUAAAAAGGUUCAAGUUGUGUAUUACUUGUCAAGAAAUGGACAACUUGAACAUCCUCAUUACAUCGAAGUUACUCAUCUUGCUCAUCAACAUCUUCGAUUGAAAGAUGUCAUUGAUAGGCUUACUGUGUUGAGAGGCAGAGGCAUGCCUUCACUAUAUUCUUGGUCUUGUAAAAGGAGCUACAAAAAUGGAUAUGUGUGGAAUGAUUUAGCUGAAAAUGAUUUCAUCUUCCCUUCUGAAGGAGCUGAGUAUGUUCUCAAAGGAUCUGAAAUUAUUGAAGGUUCCACAGAAAAAUUUCAGCAAAUUCAUAUAGCCGAGAGUCCACAAUUGAUGAGAAACAAGCAACAAGUUCAAGAGUCAAGCAGCUUCUUGCCAAAACGAAAAUCAGAUGGGUCAAAACGACACUCAGAUGAGGCAGAAAUUGUUCAGAACAACGACAAUUACCUAGAAGAAAAUGAUGAAGAAUUAUAUGAAGAGAAAUCAAAUUACAGUACUAGCUCAACCACACCCAAUUCCACUUGCUCUAGAGGUUUAAUUUGUACUGAUGAUCACAACGAGUUAACUCGCAAAAAUAAUCCUACCGAGUUGAUUCACACCAACUCGUUAUCUCCUCCUUCAACAACUUCAUCGUCUCUCUCAGACAAACCAAUUAAUAACGAAACCACCAACACCUCCAAAAGGUUCGAAGACGGUGACCCGGUGGUCGCCGCGUCAUUAUUGAGUCGUAACUCGGUGCUCUUCCAACUCAUCUCCUGUGGCGGAUCGGUGUCGUUUAGAGGGAAGACUAGUACUACCGAUCCGCCACACAUUAUGAAGAAACAACAACCACCGCCGCUGUCUCCACCUCCGUGCACUGUAGUGGCGAGGAAGAGCAGUAGCAGCUGUGCUAGUUUUCAUAAAGGAAUAUUGUGCAAGGCGGUGAAGAAUAAUAAUGUGGAGAUGAAUGAGGCGGAAGAGAUAAAAUACAUGUCGGAGAAUCCACGAUUUGGGAAUUUGCAAUUGGAGGAGAAAGAAUAUUUCAGUGGGAGCAUUAUCGAAUCAAUGACGAUGGAGGAGAGAACCGCUCAAGUUGAUCCACAAUUGAAGAAAUCAUCUUCCUACAACGAAGAGAGGAGCUCAAAGGCAGGACUGAGAGAAGUAGUAGCAAAAGAAGAGGAGGAAUUGAACAAGGAAAAGGCUAUAAAAGGAAAAUGCAUCCCCAGGAAAAAGUCUUCUUCUAAACACUCCAAAAUAUGACCUUUCUUCUGAUCUUUUCACCAAAAGCUCUUCUUUGGGACUUUACUUGCAACUUUUAGUUAUAACAGUACCUACUUUAGGCUUUUAGCUCUCUUUCCAAAGUGCCCAAAAAAAAAAAAGAUUUCUAGUUCUAAAACUUGGUUUCAUCAGAAUUCAGGGAAACAAAGGAAGUGGGAUUCACUUUAGGAUUUGUUAUUGAACUCUUGCUCUGUAAGGCAAAAUCCUAAGUUUGUUAGGCACCUUUGUAUUUGUGUCCUAACACUUUUCAUCCUAAAAGAACAUGACAAUUAACAUUAGGGGUAUCAAUGGUACAAUUUGGUUAAUUUUUGAUGUCAAUGUUCUGACACUUUCCGAAAUCGUUUUAUUAUCUUGGUCUGUUUUUUUUUAUAUGAGUUCGGUUCGGUUAAUUUUUGAUAUAU